GAGAUUUCUCUGUCUCACCACCCUUAGCUUUGGCAAAUCUUUAUUUUAUUCCCACACUCAUUAAGGAGAUUUUAAUUGCUGAAAUUUCAGUCGGUCAACCCCGAGAGUCCAGAAGUUACUUGCUGACUGUCAUCAAAACAGAGGGUGGCCAUUUUUCGUCGUUUUUUCUUUGUCGUUUUAUUUCUUGAAAUAUGAGCGAGCAGGCCAAAACAGAGCUGUCAUGUGGUGUUGAGUAUGAAAGGGGUGUCCCCUGGUACCCCCUGAGAAAAUGGUGGCAGUCCAGCCGGCUUUUCAAUCAGGAUGUUGGCCUGCCUCCUUUCCUGGAGACGUGGGACCCUCGGUGGAUGGAUGUGGACCGGCUCCAGAGGAGUUUGGCAGCCUGCUCCUGGCCAGGGUACAUACCCGCUCCGCUGUUUGUGCCCUACAUCUCUGGGUCGAUGCAUCAACCUGGCCAGAAGAUUAGUAGGGAGCACUACAAGUGGAGAGUCAGCCUGGACGUGGCUCACUUCUCCCCCUCAGAGAUUUCUCUCCAUGUCAGAGACGGAUUCCUGGAGGUCGGAGGGAAACACGAGGAGAGGCCAGACGAGCAUGGAUUUAUUGCCAGAUGUUUUACAAGGAAAUACAGGCUCCCAGCUGAGAUUGAUGCCACCAAAAUUGAAUCCACACUUUCUGUUGAUGGUAUCCUGACUGUCGAAGCUCCGGUUCCAGAAACCUCUGUUCCUGCUGCCAUAAUCAUUCCCAUAAAGGUGGAGAUGGAGGUGGCUGGAGAGAAAGAGGAGAAAGAAGAAGCACUUGAUACAGAGCCAGAUAGCAGUAGAGCAACUGAGGACCCAGACUUCCCGUCUGCAGAGGAUAAAGGGGAAGGGUCUCCACUAGAAGUCCAUGAUGAUCAGGCCCACCCUGGCAGCGCCACAGCUGGGCUACAACAGCAUGAAGAGAGGAGGGAACAGGAGGAGGAGACUCAUGAAAAGCCAGCUGGAGAGUCCCACCCUUCAGUGCUUGCAGAUGGCGAAGGCACAGAGAGUCUUCAAGAUUCUUCUAAGCACCAAGAAACCCUGGAAAGCCAAGAAAGCUCAGACACAGACGUGUCCAAACAGCCGGAACACAAAGAACCAGCCGUGGAUGGAGAGAUCCAGGUAAUGGCAGGCUCAGGGGAGGCUGCUGAGGCGAUCACCCAACCCGAGGAGCCGGAGCUGGGCAAGAGUCCACCGAGUGAGGUCCCAAGCCAGGAGCUGGAGGAUCCCGACAUAAAACAAGAACACACUGAGUAGAAACACAAAUGUUGCCUAAAUGUUGCACACACUACAUAUUGACCAAAUACUCAAACAACCUUCAUAGCUUGCCUUGCACCAGUUUUAUAGAUGAUUUAAGUCAGUAGAUACAAUAGCCAUAUAACCCUGCUGUCUUUGGAGCUCCAAUAAAGCAAUAGCAUGUGAAAACGUUAAA